GUAAAAAAAAAAAAAAAAGUAUAAAAUUAUUUUAAUAUUCACUCCCUUGCUUAUCCACUUCUCUUCUCUUCUCUUUCUUAGCUUCACCUCUACACUCGACAUCAAUAUACGCGAUACACUAACAAUCACCAUAAGCUUGAACAAAUCCACAUCCAGUCUUUCAAAGUAUAUUAAAUGGCAAUGAAUGUCCUGAGUCCUGUUGCUAGCCCUUCUUUUGAACCAUCAAACACCAUGACCACUACCACUGCUGACGAUAACAACUCCACAAGCCCUGUUGCCACGACCAUGAACGCAAGCCCUCCUGCCAGCACGACUUCUACAGGAUCAGGAGGCCUCCGCAGAAGCAGUACUCUCAAGGCUUACCUUGCCAACAAGAACAAGCUUAAGGAACGCCAAGCCAUCAAUGUUAUCGUUGACCCUACAGUCCUACAGCGGCAAAAGGAGGAAUCUUCAUCCGAAAACGAAGUAACUGGUAGCGCACUUUCCCCUAUUUCUCCAGCGGGUGCUUUUGCUACUGGCACUCCCUUGUCCCCCGUUAGUGGACGGAGGAUCGACGCAGAUUUGGAGGCAUUGGACAAAGAAAAGAAACAGAUCGAAGACCAACUUGCGAUCAUUACUCAACGUCUCCAUCAGAUUUCGCCUCCUUCAUCACCGACGAUUGCUCCCAUCACCACAACUGAUGCCUCAAUCCCUUCAAGCAUCUCGUCACUAUUUGCCUCAUCAUCUAAGGAAGAGCUACAGGAGAACAAGACCAGACUCUGUCAAGAACUGGAUGUCUUGCUUAUGAAACGCCGUGAGCUUCUACAGAGUUGGACCCGAGACUACAAGAGCCUGAAGCGGUCAGGAUCCCUGGCCAAACCUAAAGAGGAUCUCUUCUGGGUUACAACGGCCUAAAAAAGAAAAAAAUAGAAAGAAAAACGACGGGUGUAACGUCAGUGGAUACUUGUUCCAUGCUUCCAUUUCAUGUGCAUGGAAGACGAGCAAGGUGAAUUACACACAUGACGACACAUUAGGAAAUAAGACCAGGGUCCCUUUGUUUUGGUCUAACAGCAAUUACACUCGGUCCAAACACUUUUCUCUUUUUUUCCCUACUUUAUGACAAUUGACAUCAGUGUACCAUAGCAGAAAAAUAAAAAAGAAAGGGAAUAACAGAAAAACAGAAAUUCUCUUUUUUGUUGUGAGUAAAAUAAAAUAAAACAAAACAUUCGUCAUCCUGGUUUUCUCGACAUGCUUUUUUUGAUGCAACACUAAAUAAAAUGACCCACACAAAUUUCGGUUAAGUUUACACCGGGUGUUUACAUGCACAAAUAUCAAAGUCAAUGACGGGAAAAGCCAGGAGAUUUGUCUCUUUUGUUUUCUCCGCCUCUCCAUCU